CAAUAAGUAAUGCAGCUUAUCUUAACUACCUUUCAAGUUAUUUACAUUAAAUUGAAAUUGCGAAAUAUGAAUGCGAUUGAGGAUAUGAUUAGGUUGUAAAACAAACUAUUUGUGUAAAGUUACUUAUUUAUAAUUCAUAGAAACUAGUUCUCUAAAUACACCAUUCAUUUUAAAUACAUUUUAUUAAAAAACCAUGACAAAAUUUGCAGCUAUUACUUUCGUUAUCAUUUCUUCGCUAGGCAAUUUAAGCAUUACUGUUAAAAUCAUGGACACAAAAGACGUAAAUCAUGAAGUUAGUGACAGAAUAUUUGGUGUAGUAGAUGAUUUGUUUAUUUCUUUGAAAAUUAACCAAACGUUUAUUCAACCCAAGAACAAUGAAGAAUACAUGAUUAUGCACAAUUAUGUGCAAGGCGUGCUUCGCAAAAACUAUGAAAAAUAUAAAGAAAUGCACAAUAAUAUUAAAACAAAUAUAAGCGAUGAAAUGGCUGAUCAAAUUUCUGGCGUUAACGAAGUCAUUGAUGAAAUGAUAAGAGAACAUGCUGUUACACACAACGACAGCAAUCACGAUGCAAAUAAUGCUUCUCUUCAGCUCGAGAACUUAGUAGAUUUAACAAAUCUGACAAAAGGGUAUAAUGUUACAACGAAAGCACUCACUCAGAAUGAUUAUACAUUAUGGAGCUCCGACUCUAAACAGGAAGUGGACAGUCGGCGGAUUUUCAAAGGCAGCAGCACGGGUAUCGCUCGGUACCCUUUCAUGGUGAGCGUGCACGUGGGCGGGCGCUUCGUCUGCGCCGGCUCGCUGCUGCAUGAGCGCCUCGCGCUCAGCGCUGCUUCCUGUCUUAUGCGAACUCGGGACGAUACCAAGCUCAUGGUACAUAUACGCAUCGGUAGUGAUUACGUCAGUAAAAUGGGCUACCUAGUGAACAUAGGCAGACUUUUCUUCCACCCAGAGUUUGACCGCUCGACCCUAGCUAACAACCUGGUUAUUCUCAAAACUCGGAAAGCGUUGCGAUUCCAAAAGAAAAAAGUAGUGGCUGUAAUGUAUGAUAGAUUUGAUCACCUCAGUUUGUUGAAGAAAGUUAAGGAUAUCAUGAUUUUGGGGUGGGGACGAAGGGGUCCGUUAGAAAAAAUCGAAGUAGACGAACGACCGUUAUCUCGAGCGCGCCUAAACAUUUACGAUUUAGAAGAAUGCAAAUACAUUUACACCAAAGAAUAUGUCUCAGAAAAGAAUUUCUGCGCCGGAUUUUUUGAUCGUGGUGAAGGAGCAUGUAAUCACGACGGCGGCGGGCCUGCGCUGGCGGGCAGCCUGCUAACUGGUGUCAUUAGCUUCGGUUCUCCAAAAUGCGGCCGCGUCGACGCGCCCACAGUAUUUACACGCAUCGGCCUUUACGCCGACUGGAUUGACAGAGUCAUGGAUAGCGUUGCGUAUGCCGAAGGUAAACUAGCUAAUCCACAUACAUUUCAAACUCCUGGGUCUAUCGACAUCGGAGUUCCAAGUGAAGAACUUGAUAAGAUGGAAUUAGAACUAGAAAAUCCUCAAGAGGUAUUGCAACGAGAAUUCGGUUUGAAAGAUAUACUUAAUGGGCCUAUAGAUAAAUUUACAAAUGGGACAAUUAAGCCCUCAAUUAAAGAAAAUGAACAUUUAGAAAUCCCAAAGAAUGAUGCGAUUCGUACUAUAAUGACUGAUGUGGAGCACUCUGAAGUAGAUCAGAUCAAGUUUUCUGAUGAUUCUGAAGAACAACCAACUAUAAUACCAGAGCGACCGACACUGUUAGAGGAAAAUGAAAAAUUAAAAGAUGCACAUGAUGAAAAUAUCGCAUUUACCAACUUUACCAACUUUAUUAAGAGACUAUUUGGAAACGGUAAAAUUAUCGAAACUAAAGAUCCAGGAAUCAUCAGUUUAGAAGAGUAUGAACAGAUUGACAUUCUGGAUUUGAAACCAGAUUCCACUACUAUGACUCCAGCUCGACCUGAAUAUAACAAUGAAGAAGAGUCAUCGACACAACGUUUUGGCGUCCCUCGUAAGAAGUUCUAA